GGGGGCGGAGGCCGCCGCGAUGGGCCCCGCCAUGUCGUCGAGCAUGGCGCUCGCGCUCGCGGGCUUCUGCUUCAGCGUCAUCUUCAUCGUCUUCGUCUGCUCCCGCCUCGCCUGCGCGCUCCUCCGCCGCCGCCGGGCCCGCCGCUCCCGCCGCGCCCCGCCCCUCCCGCAGUUCACCGCCUCCCACUAUUCCUUCGCCGUCCCACGCCACUCCGCGGGCGGCGCCGCCGGUGGGGGCCUCGAUCCCGCUGCCGUCGCCACCUUCCCCACCCGCGCCUUCGCCGGCGGCGGCGGUGGUGGUGGCGGCCCGCGCGGCUCGGGCGCCUCCGACUCCUCCGACUCCGACGCCGAUUCCCAGUGCAUCAUCUGUCUUGCGGAAUACGAAGAGAAAGAUGUGCUACGCACCCUUCCUUACUGCGGCCAUGAUUUCCACAUGGCCUGUAUAGAUUUGUGGCUGGAGCAGAACACAACCUGCCCAGUCUGUAGAAUCUCAUUGCUUGGUAACCCUGAUACUGAUAGCGAACACACCACACCUCCUCCUCUACACAGCAUAGUGAUAAGCUCCCCAAGCUCUCCUGAAUCGUCAAGAUCAGAUCCAUGCCGCUGCCUGUUGGUUAGCGCUGGACAUUCAUCAAGGGCAUCAGAGGUUCCUAGACAUGAGCCCGACCAGGAGAAUCAGGUGGCAUCUGCCCCAUCAGUGGAUGGGGCUAACAACAUGCCGUUGUCUGAAGUUAACCCCACGCCUGAGAAUAACAGCCAAACAGUAAGAAAGCAGGUGGACAGAUCUACCCAGCUAGGGCCCUGCAAAUAGCAGCUGCUUUGGCGUCUCUGUUUUCUGCAGAACUGCAGGGCGAAGGUCCUGUAAAAUGUGAAAACAUCUGCACUGGUGGAUGGCUGUUGUAGGUUAGCUUUGAGGGGUUUGUUGUAUAUAUGAGCAAUCAUUCAGGUUUCUUUCUUGUUGGAGGAAAAAAAAACAGAGAGUGCACAUUUUCUUCUUCUUCCUCUUCAGGCAUACUCUAAAACAAAACAGGUAAUUGCAUCCAAAGUCUUCUCACAUUUUGUGUUGCCAUGAGCAAAUAGGAUGAAGUUAAUCUUGAUCAA